CGUGCCAGGCUCCAGCGCGCACCGGGCUCUGCUGCAGCAGCUCCCAGCCUGGGCUAGCCGUGAGCGGCUCCUGCGGCACGGCGCUGGGCGCCAGGAGAUGGACCCCCAGGCGGGGCAGGAGCCCAUCGAGGUGCUCAGGGUUGUCCUGGGUCUCGGGCUGGCCUUGCUGACCCUGAUGCUUCUUGGCUACGCCAUUGUCCGGUGGUACCAGAGGGGCCAGUGCUGGCGGCGGCCCGACUUCGUCUUCAACCUGUACCAUUCCUGCGGGCUGGGGCCGACGGCAGUGGAGCUGGUGCCACCGUUCAGCAUCAGCGGCUCGCUGAGCCGCCCCAGGAGCAGCUACGUGCCCUUCCGCAACGGGGGGCCGUGAGGCGGGAGCCGGGCUGGCGUACAGCUGCGUUUCUCUUGCCUUGGCCGCGGGCAGCACAGGAAGGUGCCUGGGGCCGGCUGCCAUCGCCACGCUGGUGCACUGGCCCUUGCUUGAGACGGAGGAAGAGGGAGCUGCCUUAUCCCAGGCCACAUCGGCAUGCACCCUGGAGAGAAAAGCCACCUUCCCCAUGGCUCGGGCACACACCAGCCCUCAGGACCAGCCAGCUUCAUGCCCAGGAGACCUCGGGCCAGGCUGUUGGUGACCGGGGCAGCAGGAGUGUCGGGAGCCAGCUAAAAAGGAUUGCAGUGAGGCGUAGAACUGGAUGGCCAGUCUUGUGCAAUAGGGGAAAAUGCCGUAAGGAAAUGAGACUGCUUCAGACUUCCCUCCUCGGUCAGAUAUCUGGACCAAAGUGGAAAUUGGUGCUCCACUCUGAUAGUACAAGCAAACACCUCAGAAAGCCCCUGUGGGCUUUCUCAUGGCUUUCUCAUGCCAGCCACCUGCAACCUCGGCAGAGCAAGCGGCCAUGGAAGCACCUGGAGCACAAGGGCAGCCCUGGCCAAGCUGCUGCGGCCCUCGGGGAGGGACCCCUGCCCAGCAGGUUGGGGCUGGCGAGGCACGGGGCCUUGGGGACUGUUCCUUUGCAAACUGUCUUCUCGGAAGGAAAACAAAAAUUCAGGAGGCUGCACGUAGGGAAACUGGUGAGGGCGGAGCGGAGAGACCCAGUCUGCAGCCCGGCUUGCAAGGGAGCUGGUGGCCAGCCCCAAGCCCCCUCCCCUGCCCUUCCCCGUGCCCGCCGCGCUGCUCCUCGCGGGGUUUGUGCGGUGCUGGGGGCUCUGCAGCCCCGCUGUUGGAAACAUUUGCCUAGGCUGGCGCUGGGGGAGGAAAGGUGGGUGCAGGGGUGCAGCCCCUCGCUGGGGCGGCCGAGGUGCAGCGGGAGAAGAAAGCCGCUUGCAGGAGGAGUCAGAGCCACGCGGCCUCCAUGUGUUAGGCUGUGACUUAAUUCAGGAAAAUGUGAGCAUCUGGGAUUUCCAGGGAGUUGGAGGGACAGUCCGUGCUCUUGGCUAUUGAAGCCGAAACACGUGGUCUGUGGCUUUCUGGCAAACGCAUCUGGGUUUCAUAGAAAGGAGAACCCUGGCUGCCCGCGGAGAGGGGAGGAAACGCUGCCUCUCUCGGCCCUGGGUGCUGCCUCUGGACACUGCCAGCUGGAGCCUUUCAUGGCGAGCAGGAACUGGCAGCACCCAGCACUGCGUGGGAUCCGGCCACAGAAGUUGACGUCAAGAGCGUUUAAAAGAAAAAAAAAAAAAAGAAAAAAAAAAAAAAAAAAAAAGGUAAAAAAGUCAUGCUUAGUUUUGAUGACUGUUUUUUUCAGAGGAAAUUGAAAAAAAAGAAAGCAAAAAGCCCCAGCCCCCAAAAUACCCAAGGCAGAAGAGGUAGUGGAAAUGGAAGGGCAGGAGGAUGCACGUGGCUGGCAUUGAUGGUGGGGUGCCCAUCAUGGCCAGGGGCCAGGUGCUCCAUGUGACGCACAGAGAGCAUCCGAAGUGCAAAUAGUGCAACGUCAGAUGUAACAGAAGGAAAUGUAGCAAUGCAUCAACAACCUUUCUCCUGGCUGCAGUGAGUCAUGUUUUCACCUGAAAAAAACCUACUCUCCAAGUUGGGUUUUCACCAACAAAUUUAGUGGGACUAUCCCACCGUGAAGGUUCUUGGAAACUAAGUGACUUUUGGAAAAACUCUCCGGUGACCUGGCAGUAGUCAAAUGUAGCCCGUGGUGCAUGCCAGCAGAAACCCCAGGAGGCCGAAGAGCAAGAGGGUGAUGAAGGAGGAGCU